CAAGUCAAAGAACAAUUUUUGCCUGCCUCCAUCCAUUUCGUGACAGGCAAAAGCCAUGGGCAAGAAGAGCAAGAGCAGGAGCGCGCCGCCGGCCGCCUCGGAGCCAAAGCAGCCCGCAUUGGAGCCCGAGGUGGUGGAGGCUGUACAGGAUCAGGUGAAGAACCAGGACAAGUCCGCGCUGUUCGACGGCUUCGCUCAGAGCGCUGCAUUCUUCGGCAAGAAGGCGUCAUACGCUUCAGCAGUGGUGGAAACGACCAAGCAGGAGACGGAAGCACCUAAGACUGUGAGCGAAAAAAGCAAAAAGAAGAAGAAGGCUAAGAAGAACAAGAAGAAACAGGAUGAGGAAGAAAACGAAAACGAGGACGAGAUUGAAGAGACGACGAAUGACGAGGCUGAAGACGCGAAAGCUGAGACCAACGACGGCGAGAAGCAGAAGAAAAAGAAGAAAAAGAGCAAGAAGAAAACAACGGAUGGCGAUGAGGGUGAAGAAGAGAAAGAACUCACACCCGACGACCUUAAAGCGCGUCGUACAGUUUUUGUGGGCAACGUAUCGCUGGAUGCCUCGCAGAAGGACAUCAAGAACCACUUUUCGGUGUGCGGUAAAGUCGAGAGUGUACGUCUCCGACAUCUGCCCAUUGCUGGCUGCGCAGUGGGCCAGGCUGGCAACCAGAAGCUCAUGAUGAAGGUCUGCGCCAACAAGAAGAUCCUGACCACAGCCAAAGACAACUGCAACGCCUACGUGACAUUUGUGGAGGAGAGCAGCGUCGAGGCCGCUCUCAAGCUCAACGGAACGACUCUUGUCCAGAAGAAAAUCCGCGUGGAUCGCUCCGAGCCUGUGAUUGACGCGCGUCGCAGUGUCUUCAUUGGAAACGUGCCCUUCAAGUGCACCGACGAGCAGAUGCUGCAGUUCUUCUCCAAGCGCCUCCGAUCUGAUGAGGAACCUGAGCCAGUUGAGAACGUGCGUCUGAUCCGCGACCGCGAGUCCGGUCUUGGGAAGGGCUUUGGCUAUAUAUUGCUGAAGACUCCUGCUCUCGUGGCCAAGACGCUUACGCUGCGCAACCUCAAGAUGGAGACUCGCGAACUGCGUGUGCAGGUGUGUGGCAAGCGCUUCAAGAACUUGCGUGGCGAGGAGACUGAAAAGGAGAAGUUUGAGGGUCUCCGUGCGUCUGCUGGUGCACGAGCGCGUAUCCAGUUGAAGCGCAAGGCUGGCGCAGACAAUCUGGACCACGGCUUUGCUACGAAGAAGAUGAAGCGCGCGGCCGCCGCUGCUGGACUGGGGAAGAAGCUCAAGCCCAAGCAUGCUGCGCGUAAGGCAGCGAAGGCCGCGGCCGAGGCUGCCGCUGCUCAGGGAAAAGGAUCAAAGAAGCGUGUGCGUGAUCACAGUGCGAGCAAGAAGGUAGAGAAAAGCAAGGCUAAAAAGCCGAAGCACAAGGCCAAAUAAGUCCAUGAAAAACAUGCAUUCUGUGAAUCCAUCAGUGAAGAGUGUUGGUCGGUUAGUUACCUCGUGGCUGGAGCGGAGUGUAGCCCGAUCGCUGUUUCCAACGCGUUAGAACAGCCAUCACCAGCGCACAAGCAGCAGCUCCCGCUACGACGCCCAGAAAGAGCAACUCCCAACUUCCGGGCGAUGACUCGGCAGUAGCUGCUGCAGCUGUGCUCCUUGUUUUAACAGCAGGAGUAUCUUCGAGAGGGAAGUCGCUCAGUGCCAUGUACAUGAGACUCAUGACUCCAGUGUGAGGCACUGUGUUGUUAUACAGAGCCACGAUCCGAACGAUGUCCGUUGUGCGCAUGCGUCGAGGCGGAUCGAAAGUGCACGUGCUCAUGGAGAUAACGUAUCCGUCUUCAUUGCCAGCCUCCAUUCCUGAGCCGUAUUCCGGUACAGAAGCACACAAUAAAUCUCCCGUGGCGUCGUCGUAUAGCUGAAUGCCCAGACCACCGCGAUGCUGGUGGCCGACAGCAUACACCAGCUCCACUUCGCGCUCUGGUUCUGGCGGAUGUUGGCGAUACGCGAACAACGGGAUGCUGCCAUUAUCCAGUCGCUGGCGUGUCGACAGGGUGUGGACACAGCCAGGAUGCGUGUCUGGGUCGCACACAGGCACGUCGUACUCGAUGUUCCCCAUGCGUUCCAGAUCCCCCGAUGCGUCACAGCACGCCGCAAGAUACAGCGGACGGUUCUCCGGUACGAUUUCAGCGUAAUCCAGCGAGUAGCGCAAGUGGUAAGUGGCCUCACUCGCGUCAUAAACCUCCAGUUCAUUGUGCUCGAGGCAAAACUCGGCGUCUUCGCAGCAACGCAGUCCUCCAUGGUACGUUUCUGCGGAGCAGACAGUGUUCUCUUCAAACUGCAGCUGGGCAUUGCAGCUGCCGUUGCGGAAGUGAAUGCCAUUCACCGCAUUAUCCGUAAACACAUCUUCGGCCGUGCAGGGACACUCUAAACAGCGAUGUGCGCGGUCGGGAGCCAUUUUACGCGUGUUGAUAAUGUGCACAUUGGCCACCCAUUCGUCUUCCCCCUCGACAGUCAUAAACGCGUAAGGGAAGUAGAACUCCUGCGGCGUGCCGCGACACUCGGUGCCGGCACCGAAAGCUACACUACGACUGAAGUUCUUGGGCUUCAUGGGGGCCCAGCGGCUUUUCAUGGCGUCGUAUUGCUUGUGGGUACUGCCGAAUACGUGGUGAUGGAGAUAUGCGUCGUAUGUGGGCACAGGCACGACGUUACCACUGGCAUCUUUCUCCACGACGUCGGCUUCGAAGCGAUACACGGCGAUGGGGCCCUUAGGGAUCGCGAGGCGGUGGAACGUGUUAGUCACUUCCCCCUGGAGAAGCGACAGAGGGGGCGUUAGCGCCGUGUAGCGCUUGGUCUCGGGCUUCUCGGCCGCUAUAAGCGAGCAGACAAGCAGCACGACUGCGAGUAACUGCAGCAUCUUUCACCGGGCUCGAGUCUUGCGUCCAGGUCCGCAGAUUGAUGAAUGAGUGAGCCCCUUCAAUCCGGAUGAAGGGUGAGGAAUGAUGGUCAUUGGGAUAAUAGUAGAGUCAUGUUGAAGUUGAUUAAAACAGUAAACGUAAAGUGUACCAUUUAGCAACAGGAAGUCGAGAUCAAGUCGAAGACACGAGAAGCGUCUUCUAAGCUGCCAAGUAGAUGGAGGAGUGGGGUCAACAUGUCAGACUCACUCUGUAUGCUAACUACUCGACCGUACACGUUAUCCCACUGGAAGCGCACGGAGCCGCACAUGACGAUGCGUCGGUUGAGAAGUUUGGCUGCUAACUCUGAAUCAUCCUUCUUGUUGGUAUUGCGGGUGAACAGUUGUCGUAGCGCCUUGUCUGGAAUGGCAAAGCUGGUUGUGGUAGUGGCCAGGAGCAAGUCAUCACCAAUUUUGUCUAGACGCUGGAGCCGGACGUCGAAGCAGUCGAAGUAGAUGGAAAAACGCUCCCAUGUCUUCCGUAAGGAUUCGUGAUCACAAAUUGACUGUUGCAAGAAUCGCUCUGUGUAACUGCGUAGCGAUUCGGGGACGGUGCCGUGCCGGAAGAGAUGAAAGUACUCGGUGGCAACGUCCCAGACUGUCCGGGUGAACGAGUAAUUGUGACGUCGCUCCUCAAGGUCCUGGAUUUCGUCACGAAGCCUUGGAAUUUCCACCUCGUACUCCAACAAAAGCCUGCGCUUUUUUGUUCUAUAGCGGAUUUGCUUCAAACGGCGGCGCUCUCGAACAGACAUUGUGCGCUGAUGAUCAGGAAUUACGCGAGGCACAGGUUCUUGUGUAGCGACGAUGUCGUCGGUAUCUUGGAGGGACCGCGAGUGCUUGCGGGUAGUACUCGGGUUUAGCCAAUCUGUUGUCGUUGGACUGAUAUCACCUUGGGUAUGCGAACUGAUGGGUGGACACUCUUUAAACGGAAGAAGUCGAGCGCCUCGAAGAUCAAGAUGUCUAGAAGCAGCACGCUCCUCCUGUUUAG